GGCCGAUAGCUUUCUAGUAUGAAAAAGACAGUUUGAAUUUCUCAGGCUUUCUUGAUUUUUUCUUCUCCUUCAAUCAUUUGUAUUCACGUCUGAAAAGCGAUUUUGAUUAUGGUGGACGGUACGCCUACUUCUCCUGUUCCAAACAGCAACCAUAUGAUUACUACCGAGGAAACUCGACUGCUGGGUACAUCCACAACAAGUUACAGUACACGACAAAAGAUUACCACACAUAAAGAGACCAUUAUCACUAUUGGAAAUUCUGUCAAGGAAAGCAUCAAUAGUUUCAGGUUUACUGGAGCUAAUAUAGCAACAGCACAGCAUUUUCAAAGCAUUAUUUCCGCUGGCCAACCCACCGUUCCAUCAAAUGAAUUAGUGGAAAAAGUUCAAGAUAUUCUUGUCUUUGGUGAAAUCAAGAAGCAACAAGAACGUGCCUUGGCUCAGAAUGCUGCUAAUAAACAAGGGAAGCAACGUGAAAACGGAGAUGCCGAUGUACCCAGCACUGAACGUCGCAAAAGUAGCGAUAGUAGCAGCAGCAGCAGCAGCAGUGACACUGACUGCGACGAAGGAAGUACCCAUCACAUGUUGAAAAAGAAACUCAAUGAAUUUUCCAUCGAUAAAGUAGUGAGUGAUAGUGGUAAAAAAUUGAGAAAACGUGAUUUAGCUGUUGAUGCUUUGAAAUUCGCUACUGACAAAUGGAAAGAAAAACACGGUUGGCAAAAACAUAAUAAUGGAUUGAACAGUCCUCACAGCUCAGGUUCAUCUGCCUCUCUGAUAACCAAUAAUAACAUCGCCUCUACUGCUACAACUAUCGUAACUGAUAUUGGACAAAAAGUAAGUGGUGGAAACGUCACUACGGUUGUGAAGACACAAAAAAAGCGACUGGAAGAGGCAUAUUCUUCUUCUGCUGAGGAUGUCUUUGGUGUGGCUAAGAAUGCCUCUGUUUGUGCUGUUAUGGCUUUGUUACACGAGCGUCGGCAAUCAUCUGGUCAUUCCGCAGAUACUGAUAUUUCACUUCAGUCAUUGGCUUUGGCAACUUUGAAUCUCGGAUUAAAGGCGCAAGAAACAUCUGCUUCACACGUUGUGUUGUACGAAAUGUUGACAGGUAGAUGGAUCAAUGGAAAAUCAGCAUUGGAAUUGGCUGCGGAUAAUAAUUGUCAAUUGAUCUUGAAUGACGCACGUGUGCAGCUUGUAAUUCAGGACAUGUAUAAAAAUGGUUCUGAUUGGCGAAAUAAUCCUAAACACCCUAGUCAUAUAUGGCUUAAUCAUAAUGAGUCUCCAUUAGAAGCGCCUUCAAAAAAUUUCGUUUGGUUCGUACUAUGGCGUACGUUUACUGAUUACUUAGCACGAUGGCCAAAUGCUCGAUAUCAAACUAUGAUAGAAUUGGUUUCUGCUUUAAUCUAUCUUGGUUUCCAUUUAGCCAGUGUCUCCAAUUUGGACUACACGUCUGACACUCCUCAUGUCUACGAGUAUAUCUACUACGUUUUAGUACUCUCGGAUGGCUUAUACGAACUUUAUAAACUCUUUACACGUCCUUGCGUAUAUUUGAAGAAGGCAUCUUAUUACACUGCCUUCAUUACAGCAACAUUAUUGGUGGCUUCAUUUAUCGUUCGUAUCUAUGCAUUAACAGCAGUUAAACAAAUAGAUUAUGAAAUAUACCUGCUCCGCACCUCUUACAAUUUGCUUAUACUUGCUACUCCUCUCAUGUUCUUCCGUGUCUUUAUUUCCUCUUCAAACUCGUGCUGGUCUACUAAAAGGACUGCAACUGUUCUACAUCGGUGCUUUGUCAAUAGUCUUUGGGUUCUAAGUCUAGGUGCUUUGGUCCUUGUUAGUUUCUGGGUUGCUCUCGGUGCACUUCAACGCGCUGAUAUUAAGCCAUUAGCCAUGCUUCGUUUAUUAAUUCUGGGCGCUUUACACACUCCUGAGAUUGGCAAUACACUAUAUUACCAACCUCAAGCGGCAGGCCUUCUACUUGCUGUCUACUUAUUCUUAACAGUUGUUGUUUUGGGCUCCUUGUUAACUGCCUCUUUCCUUGGUACCUUCAUUGAAAUAUCUAAAGAAUUGGACACCAUCAAACGCGACUGGGUGAUAGAAAGAUGCUUAAAGACGAGUCCUGCAUUGAGCACUUUUAUUCCUACUGUCGUCGUUGACCUCUUUUUCGGCGUUUUGGCGUGGUUUGCUAGAGUUGCGUUAAAGAGCCAAAAAAUUGAACUAUGCAUACAAAAGAUACAUCAAAUCUUCUGGUACAUUAUAUUCUCCCCUGUUAUUCUGUUAGUCGGCUUACUUGAACUGAUCACAUCAGUUAUUUUCAAAUGGAAUGCGGUAAAAUCUAUGUUUCAGAAAGGUACUAUCCGUAUUUAAGUGCUGUCAUGGACUUAUACUAUGAAUAAAAAUAAAUUACUGUUUUCAAGCUUUAUGUG